CGCUAUUAUCGUCGGCCGUCGCGGCUUCCUCCGUUUCUCUUCCACGACCACCGCCAUGUCCGCACCACCACGCCUGGGCAACCUCCCAGGCAUGUACUGGGACGCCGAGCGCGCCCGGUACUUCCCCUUACCCAAAGGCGCGAAGGCCAAGGACGUGCCGGCCCACAAGGACAAGGACGGGGCAAAGCCCAAGUGCGUGCCGGCGAAAUGCGGGCGCUCGGGGCAGCCUGCUGUUCUGGGUACGCGCCGGCUUGCGCGGAGCUUGGGGCUGCGCGAUGACGGGAUGCGGCUCCGCACACAGCACCGGCUUGCCUCGGCGACGCUGUUCGGUGUCGCGGAGCUGUGCGAGUGCCCCGGCGAGAGUAUCACCAGCCUUCAGUCGUUUGGUACCGGCGGCAUGUGCGUCACCACCGACCAUGGCAAGGUCAUUGUCGCCAAGCCGGAUAAGCGCACUGCACACUCGCGCUCCGUUUGCUCGCAGAGAUUACUUGGGAUCCACUUCAAUGUCGCGCGGUCGACGUGGCUCGCCGUCUCCAACGGCAACGAGCCCCACGUCCACGGCUGGCGGCAGGACCCGCUCCUGCCCAUCGGCUCCAUUCCCGACCAGUGCAUCAUCGACUUUCCCCAGCGCGACAUCUACGCCAUGAGCUCGUUUGACGAUCAGACGACCCUCGCCUCGGUCCGCUCCCUCAGCACGGUUCACUAUGGCGAGACGCUGACCCUCUCGCGGCGACACACCACCUCGGACCCGCUCAGCCUACACCAGUUUGACCCAAACACCAUUUACGCUGGCCUCCGCUCGUCGCAGGUCACGCUCGAGGACCUCCGCUCGCCGCCCAGGCACCACAGCACAAGCAUUGCGUUCAUGCCUGGUGGCAAGGCCGUCAUUGGCGUCAAGAAGCUCAAAGACUCGGCUGUACCGUGGGGCAUGCUGGCGAGUGCCAUGGGCAAUCAGCUGUACAUCUACGACACGCGCUUUGCAGCCCAGCCCCUGCGCACGCUCCCGGGCCACGUCAACACGUACCACUUUAACCUCGCGCUGUCGACGGCGCCAGACGAUACCGUUGUGUUUGCCGGCGGGGGCGACCACCGCCUGCGCGCCUGGUCGACGCUGACAGGCGAGCCGCUCAAACCCGUUCUGCCCAGACACAGGAGAAACGCCCUCACGAUCGAGUAUCGCCAUCUUGUCGAGCACGUCGACAUUGCUGCCGAUCUGACUCUGCGCGUGGCCUCUGGACCCGACAUUUUACGGUUCGCCCCACAUCGCCCGGCCGUGACGAGGUGAGCGGGCGGGCGUGGGGGGCGAGGGUUCAACCUCGGCCCGUCGUCCCAUUUGCCGAUCCCCACCUCUCUCUCCUGUCUCUCUCCCCUAGACCCUGUUCCUUGGAACAGUGCAUUGUCCCUGCGUCGUCAGCACUAGAGUUUUGUAUAGCGCCUUGUAUAGAUAGAUAGUAACGCGUGUGCAUGUUGUAUUGGGC